AUGAGAUUCUCCAAAGUCGUCUUGGGAGUAUGGACAUACUUCAUAAUGACGCUCUUCCCAGUGCCGGCCUUACCAUCCUCACCAACUUACAGAUUACGAAAAGGGCACACCGUCGAUGGCGACGUUAGCAUCGGUCAUGAAACCACUGGCGCCGCUGGCGAAGAAGACGCAGAGACCGUUCAGGUCAUCGACGCUGCCGAGACGGUAGACGCGGCGGAUCGUAUGGAGUUUCUCCAAACUCCAAGGUGA